UCCACCUGUAGCCACGUGCUCCUGCUGCUCUCCUCCUGCUUGCACGGUGCAUCUCUGGUUCCUGCGUGGGGUUGCAGCUGGGUGGGAUGCAGCCUGCUCAGCCCUCAGCUUCCAAACAGCCCCAUCCUCCAGCCCUGCUGUCCCACCGAUAGGAGCAAAGCAGCCACCUGCAAAUCCUGCUCUAGGGAGCUGUAGGUUUGGAUGCUUCAUCCUAAGGCCAGAUGAUGAUGAUGAUGCUGGGGAUGCUGGGGGCUGUUGUCCCACAUGGGAGGGUUUGCUGUGAGCACCCAGAUAGGCAAAGCACUGUCAUAGUGCUGUGUGAUCUUGUGAGAUCCAAAGCCAGAGGCAGCGUGACUUGUAAAUCAGGGUGUGGGUGUCAUCUGCAGGCUGCCUGCAGCAGGGCAGGGUGCCACUGGGAUGUGGGCCCUGUGUUCAGGUACAGGAGGAGCCUUCCAUCCCCCACCUCCCAUCCCAUCUGCCUGCCUUUCCCCCUCCAGCCCCCCCUGCUCUAAUUGCCUGCUCUGUUACAGGGCCUGCUUUCACUCUGUCAUUUUGCACCUAAAUUACUGGCGUUGGAGGAGAGUUCAGACCGAGAUCAGAUAGACAGCAGAAUGUGUGAAGGGCCAUCCAAGAUUUCUGGGCCCAUCCCUCCAGACCCUACGGUCUUCCCAGACUAUUACAGACGCCCUUUCUCAGCUCGGGGGAGGCUGGAAGGCAAUGCUCAGCGGUUGGAUUUUACCUCUCACCCCACGGAUUCAGCUCCCAGCUCAGCCCGUGCUUUGAGCAGUGCCCAGCAGCCCCAACCAGCCCCUCGCAUCCGCCCCAGCGGGAGGGACUACUUGGAGAAGGGGCAGAAGGGAACGCUCGGCCUCCUGCUGCAGCUCGAUGGGCUCUCUCUUGGUGGGGGUCUGCCAGCAAAGAGGAAAGAGUCCAAGGACCAUGAGAAGGAAAACGUGAGGAGAAUAAAGGAGAUUCAGAAGAAGUGCAAAGAGAGGGAGCGAGCCCAGGAGCGCAGCCAGCCCAAACCUGUGAAAGCUCUAUGGAAAUCCCAGAAAUAUGAGAACGUGGAGUCGAAGGUGAAGGCCAGACUGCAGGAGAGCUCCCCACCUCCUCACCCAGAGGCUGUGAAGUUCCUACGGGCAUAUUCUCGCUGUGGCCCCGGGAUCAGGCCGGGCAGACCACCAUCCCCAAGCCCUGCCAGCAUGAAAGCAGCAGCCAGCACUGAGUCUCUACAGGUGCUGGGUGCUGAAACCAAGUUGCAGGUGGAGGGCAGUAGCAUUAACUUCAUCAAGCACAACGCCCGCAAUGCCAAGCGGGCCCCUCUGCGACGCUCCCAGUCCCUGCAGGCGCUGGAUGAGCUGCUGGGACAGAAGCAGAGGGAGCAGGAGGAGUACAACGCCAAGCAGAAGGGCCACGUCCCCCAGUACCUGCUGGAGAGGAAGGAGCAGUGGCGUAGACAGAUGGAGGAGCAGCUGCGAAGCCGGCCGGACCCCGACACGCCACCCGGCCACACCAUGAUGCCCGAGGGCCAGAGGCUGGAGAUGCUCAGCAAUCUGAAGCAGAGCCAGGAGCAGCUGAUAAAGGACCUGGUGAUGCUGCCGAUGCGUGCAGACACCCUCAGUGUUCAGAAGAGGCGAGUGGAGCUGGAAAGGAAGCUCUCCCAGAUAGAAGAAGCCCUCAAAAUUUUCUCCAGGCCCAAAGUCUUCAUCAAGUUGGACUCCUGAGCCCAUGGGGCUGCGAGCACCGCACUGCUCUGCAUCAGCAUCCCAAGGGAGGGGAGGAGAGGAGAGAGGAAGGCAGACCAAGGACCCUGCGGUGUCAGCACUGUGUCCAACACGCAGUUGGCACCUCUUGCUCCCAGGGCACAUCCAGGGAAACUGGAGGGAGAGGAGCUACUUGGCUCCGCUGUGCAGUUUGGAGAACAGUUGUCCCCGUGCUGAUUGACUCCUCACAGAGAUCAGCUGUGUGCUCGGAAUCGAUGGCGCAGAUCUCAUGGCUUCUUAUUUUCCUGUUUCUACACACUGGCAGGAGGUCCCCCAUGCUGCUGCUCUGCACUUGGUUGUCCUUUUCUUUCCCCCACAGCGCAGCUUGUUCUGGGCACUGCAGGCUUUGCUGCACACAGAGCCUUUGCCCUGGGCUCCGUGCUGACCCAUCCUAUGCACACAGCCGGUGCCUCUGUCCUCUCCAUCCUGCUGCAUGCACUCAAUAGCAGCCAGAAGGCACAGGGCUCCGGUGCUUCCCAUUCAAAGAAGGGCUGGGGUGGAAGCAGGGGGACCUGGUGAGGUGGCUGGAGAGGCUGUUUUUGUCCGUGGGGUGGGAUGUGCUCCAAUAGAAUCAUAGUUUUCCCACA